GCUCAUGCAAAAGUUUGGCAUAACUACAAAAAACACUUUCAACCAUAUCAGAAGGGGAUGAUGUCCAUAGUAUUGGGAUCCCACUGGAUUGAACCUAACAAAUCGGAGGAUGCUUUGGACAUUUCUAAAUGUCAGCAGUCUAUGGAGAGAGUACUCGGGUGGUUUGCUAAACCCAUUCACGGGGAUGGCGAUUAUCCGGAAGAACUGAAAAAUGAAUUCUCAUUUUUGCCACGCUUUACUGAGGAUGAGAAGAACUACAUAAAGGGAACAGCUGACUUCUUUGCGUUUUCUUUUGGACCUAAUAACUUUAAACCUCCAAACACUCUACCAAAAAUGGGACAAAAUUUGUCACUCAAUUUGAGGGAAGUACUGAACUGGAUUAAACUGGAAUACAACAGUCCUCGAAUCUUGAUUGCAGAGAAUGGCUGGUUCACUGACAGCCAUGUGAAAACAGAUGACACCACAGCCAUCUACAUGAUGAAAAACUUCAUUAAUAAAGUUUUACAAGCUAUUAAAUACGACAACAUAGAUGUGUUUGGUUACACAGCCUGGUCACUCCUUGAUGGCUUUGAAUGGCAAAAUGCUUACAGCAUCAGGCGUGGAUUAUUUUAUGUAGAUUUCAAAAGCGACAAAAAAGAAAGGAUUCCCAAGUCAUCUGCACUUUAUUAUAAACAAAUCAUACGAGAAAAUGGCUUCUUCCCAAGGGAGUCUACCCCAAGCUUGCAAGCUCAGUUCUCCUGUGACUUCUCCUGGGGUAUCACCGAGUCUGUUCUCAAGGCAGAAUCCGUGGCUUCCUCACCUCAGUUUUGUGAUUCCAGCCUGUACCUCUGGAACGUCACGGGAGACGGGCUCCUGCACAAAGUUAAAGGGGUGAAGCUAAAAACCCGACCAGCACAGUGCACAGAUUUUGUCAGUAUUAAAAAGCAACUUGACCUCCUGGAAAAAAUGAAAGUCACCCAUUACAGAUUUGCACUUGACUGGUCACUAAUUUUACCCAAUGGAGACUUGUCUGUGGUCAACAGGCAAGUUCUUAGGUAUUACAGAUGCGUGAUUAGUGAAGUACUGAAACUCAACGUUCAGUCCAUGGUCACCUUAUAUUAUCCAACUCACGCCUACCUGGGCCUGCCGGGUCCUUUGCUGCAGACAGGAGGAUGGUUGAACCAGUCUACUGCCUACGCUUUUCAAGACUAUGCUGCUUUAUGUUUUCGGGAACUUGGCGAUUUGGUUAAACUUUGGAUUACAAUAAACGAGCCUAACCGGCUAAGUGAUGUCUAUAAUAGGAGUAGCAAUGAUACAUACCAGGCAGCGCACAAUUUAUUAAUAGCACAUGCCAUGGCCUGGAAAAUAUACGAUGAGCAGUACCGACCCUUUCAGUAUGGCAAAGUGUCCCUGUCCCUGCAUUCGGACUGGGCUGAGCCUGCCAACCCCUACUUUGAAUCUCAUUCAAAAGCUGCCAACAGGUUUCUUCAGUUUGAAAUAGGCUGGUUUGCCGAUCCCAUAUUUAAGACUGGGGACUAUCCAGCUACCAUGAGGGAAUACAUCAGCUUUAAAAACAGAAAAGGCCUCUCAUACUCUUCAUUGCCAUCUUUCACAAGCAAGGAAAAGCAGCUCAUCAAAGGUGCAGCUGACUUUUACGCACUGAAUCAUUUCACCACCAGAUUUGUGAUUCACGAUCCUCAGAAUGGGAGCCAGUAUGAAUUUGAUCGUGACAUCCAAUUUCUGCAGGAUAUCACCUGCCUGACCUCCCCUUCCCGUUUGGCAGUGGUACCUUGGGGAGUGCGCAAAGUUCUCAAGUGGAUUAAAAAAACCUACGGUGACAUUGAUAUUUACAUCACAGCAAACGGAAUAGAUGACCAGUCCUUAGACAACGAUGAACUUAGAAAUUAUUACUUGGGAAAAUACAUACAAGAGGUUUUAAAAGCAUACUACAUUGAUAAAGUCAAGAUUAAAGGCUACUAUGCAUUUAAGCUGACUGAAGAAAAAUCUAAGCCCAGAUUUGGAUUCUUCACUUCAGAUUCAAAAGCAAAGCCUUCAAUAAAAUUUUACAAUAACCUGAUAAGCAACAAUGGCUUUCCUGCUAACUAUUCAGUCUGUGACCCCCCCAACCAGGAAAAGCAGUGUAGCUUCUGUUUGUUUAUUUCUCAGAAGAAGCCGUUAAUCUUCUUUGCCUGCUGCCUUUUCUCUACCCUUAUGUUGCUUUUAACCAUUAUUGUUUUUCACAAAAGAAAAAGAAGAAAACGUUUUAAGGCAAAAAGCAUCCAGCGCAUCUGUGUUUCAUUUUAGAAAGGGGGCACGAGCCCACUGUCAGUGAGAUCCAUCACUGUGUGCAUUCUGCAGAAGA